AUGCCGACAGAAAACGCUGCGAACACGCUCUCCACUCUCAUUAGCUCUGUGCGGUCGUACGCCGCGCAGGACGCUUCGCCGUCUCCGUUGAAUUCUCCGCAGGGGCUUACAGACGUAUCUGACGGCGCAGUCGACGUCGGAGAAACAAGCUUCGAAGCUACUGCUGUAGCUGGCGAACCAGAAGCACCACCACUACAGCAACCCAAAAUCGAGGGCGAGAAACAAGCUUUCACUGAUGAACCCCAUGGUCAAACCCCCAGCUUCCACGCCGGCGAACAAACAACAACAGAACAAAGGCAACCAUCACCCUCGGCACUGCAGCUGCAGUACCAAGAAGAAGCAGCACUGCAGGUACAGCUACAGAAAGAGAUAACCGCCCAAGAUGCGGAGCUGCUCUGUGUUCCCACCGGCGCCGUGCUACAACCCGCAGCUACCGGUCAUGAUCAGAUGGGACAAACCGUACCGGUGCCGGUACCGGUGCUAGCACAACCUGCGUACCAGCAGCCUACAGCCGUGGCCGAACCUGAAAGCACCCCAGAAGAGUCAGAGCUAGAGUUCGUACCCGUGAUCCAACUAGCCACUCCGCAAACCCCCAACGUCCAAACCACGCCUAAAGCCCGCAACGCCCGCCCCCUCUCUGCGACCCGCCCCACCACCCUUCCCGCCGCCUACAACCCCGGCCGCGGCCGCUCCCCCCAGCGCCCACCACCACCACCACCAACAGCGUACGAAUACGACUUCUACGGGCGCCGCUCCCGCGUGCCCACCCCGCCGGCGCAGAGGGACCGCGACGACCGCGAUAGCUCUGCGUUUAUGGGCUUUGAGAGCGAUGGGGGUGGAGAUGGGGACGAUGAGCUUGAUGGCCAGUGUUCGUGGGGUGGUGGGAGCUUGAGGGAAAGGGGGAGGAGUAGAGGGGCAUGUUUUAAGCGGACGAUGAUGGGGGAGAGUGGGGAGGACGUGGGGGAGAGGGUGGCGGAGAGUAUGGGGAGAAUGGUGGAGAGUAUGGGGAGAAUGGCGGAGAGGGUGGAGAGGAUGGGGCCGUUUGAUCCUUCGCAAGGGUGCGUGCCCAUAAUCUCGCUCAUCAGCUCCUCCUCUUCCUCUUCUUCCUCAUCCUCUCCCACCCCCACCCCUCCUCCGCCGCGCAACCCCCGGAAGCGGCCGCCGCCUAGCCCCAGUUCGACACCCACUCACUCUCAGUCUUCCACGCCCUCCUCGUCGUCCACUACCUCCACCUCCUCUGAGGCCUCCACCUCGUCGCUCAAGAUCACGCAUGCGCACAAGCGGCGCUGUCCCCCGGAGGUAUUGAGAACGGGGCCGUGGAAUAGUACGGAGAGGAUGCUGCUGGUAGAGAGCAUGCAGGGCGGGGUGGACUUUGAGAGGUUGGGGGAUAUGAUGGGGAGGGACCCGGGGGAUGUGUUUGAGAGGUUCUCGGAUGUGGUGGCGGCGGGGCUGUAUAUGGGUGUGGAGGGGGUGGGAGUGGGAGUGGGAGUGGGAAGGAGGGAUUGGGGGGUGCAGACAGAGGGUGAGGGUGCGGGUAUCUAG